AUGCCAGUCCAGGGUCGCAUCGACCACCCGUCCGUGUGCGGUACGAGAAAAAGGCUCGUGGAAGCCUGCGUGGAAGGCUUCCCGCUUCCUUUCGCUCCUUCGAAGGAGGGUAGUGGCGCACCGAUAGUCCGAGAUGAGAAGGUCGAUAAACCAGUGAUUCUGCUGCAGAAUAAGCCGCUUGUAGCCAUUUCCGCAUUUCUAUGA